UUUUGUAGAAAAUUAAAUAAACUGCAGACUGGAAAGAAGGAAGGGAAAGUUGGUAAAGACAAGAAAAAGAAGAAAAAGAAACACAAGAAGAAGUCAUCUGACUCAGAUGAAGAUUCUGACAGAGAGAAGAAGUCCCACAGAAGAAGAAAGGGUUCAUCAUCUAGUUCUGAAGACUCAGAUAAUGAACAAGGAAGACGUGAACAAUUCAAGGACUCGAAAUCAAGGCAUUCUCCAGAGAGAAAAUGUCACGGAAAACAGAACUGGUCACCAGAAACAUCUCAGAACAGACGUAGGAGAAGAAGUAUCUCAUUUAACAGUUCACCUCAGAGAGGCGGCCAGGACCAAAGGUCAAAGAGAAGAGAUUCCCGAAAAUCAAUAUCCAGGGAUCGUAGUCCAAUCUUCAGAAAGCAACAGAGAAGAAGAUCAUCCUCUUUUGAGGAAAAGAAUGACAGGGACAGAUUUCGAAGUUCUAAUGAAAGAGACAGGAGAGAGGUUAAUAAUAGUGGUAGGAGGUCAAGGUCACCAGCUUAUAGGAGUAAACCAAGAGAUCAAGACAGAAGAAGGUCAAGGUCGUCAUCUUCAUCUGAAAGAGAUGGAAGGUCAUUUGAAGGUCAACAGAGAUAUGCUGCAAGGUCUUCAGAACAGAGACAGAGACUGCACAGAAGGUCUGUAUCCAAGGAACGAAGCAGAAGGGACAGCCAUAACGCAAGACAAAGAAAGUCAAAUUCCAGGGAGAGGAAUGAAAGGUCAAGGGACAGAAGACGACGAUAAAAAAAUUAUAAAAGUCAUUAACGACUCAGUCAAAAUCUUAGCCUGUGACUUUAUUGUACCCUUUCUGUGAUAUAUAAGAUGAAAGAUCCAAGUGAAAAAUGAAAUAUACAACAAGUACUUGUACUUUUGGUUAAUACCUGAUAAUGGAGAUAACACUCAGUGUUUUAUUUGUGUCAACUGAUUCAUAUUCAACAGGUCCAACUCAGGUUGUGUUGGCAUUUUUCUGAAUUCAUUUUUUAGAAGCCUUUAAAAAGUAUUGAGUUUUGAAUGGCACCAAAUCUGAACAUUUUGUAAAUGGUAAAUUUAAAAUAGCAACUUGAUGUGUUUAUACCUUUAAUUGAAUAAAGUAAAUUCAUACUG